GUGUUUUUCUGUUGUAGUGUUUGGAGGAGACUGAAGGUAAUGGCAGUGUUUUUCUGUUGUAGUGUUUGGAGGAGACUGAUGGUAAUGGCAGUGUUUUUCUGUUGUAGUGUUUGGAGGAGACUGAAGGUAAUGGAAGUGUUUUCCUGUUGUAGUGUUUGGAGGAGACUGAUGGUAAUGGAAGUGUUUUCUGUUGUAGUGUUUGGAGGAGACUGAUGGUAAUGGAAGUGUUUUUCUGUUGUAGUGUUUUGAGGGCAUUGGAGGAAAUGGAUCAUGUAUCUGCGAUUCAAACUACAGAGGUUCUCGCUGUCAGUAUUGCUCAUCCUCCAACAAAUAUGGACCAAAGUGUGACAGAACCUGUCCCUGUAUCCACGGACAGUGUGACAACCGUCCGGACUCAGACGGUCGCUGUAAACUGGACUCCUGUCUGAAGGGUUUCACCGAUCGGUUCUGCGAUCGCAUGACGGUGGCGUGUGGCGUUCAGGCUCAGUUCUGUCACGCCCAUGCUGAAUGCAACUUCAACCCACUGGGAACCACCAGCUGUGAGUGUAAACCUGCUUACCAAGGUGACGGUAUCACCUGUGUGGAGUCAGACCCCUGUGCUCUGCCUCGCAGAGGCGGCUGCAGUUUGAAUGCUAAAUGCAUAAAGACAGGACCAGGUACUCACACCUGUCAGUGUCUGACCGGAUGGAGGGAGGACGGAGACGAGUGUCAGUCAAUCAACAACUGUGACGGUCCGGACGGAGGAGGCUGCCACUCCAACGCCACCUGCAUCUACGUCGGACCUGGACAGAGUGACUGCACAUGUAAAGCCGGCUACAAAGGAAACGGGCAGGACUGUGAAGCUGUGAAUCAGUGUGUCACUGAAAACGGAGGCUGUCACUACUUAGCCAGCUGCCGUCUGCUGUCCUCUCAGUGGACGUGUGUUUGUGACGACGGAUACGUUGGUGACGGACGCGCAUGUUACGGUGACGUCGCACAGGUGCUGAUGUCUCUGCCAGACACCUCCGAGUUCUACACAUGGACGACUGACUCCGGUCUGUCCUGGUCUCUGUCGGAUCAGAACAUCACCCUCCUGGUUCCGUCUUCUGUUGCCGUCUCCAAAAUGUCUUCAGAGGACAAAACCUUCUGGACCACGAAGGGAAACCUGCCGAGUCUCAUCAGAAAUCACAUGAUCCCAGGAUACUAUCCCUUAUCCAGUCUGAGCAGCACUUCCUCCCUGACCUCCCUUCUCAAGACAUCACUUCCUGUUUCAACAACCAAUGAGCUCACAUCUGUCGGAGGAGCAACCAUCACCACGCCCAAUGUAGCUGCUACCAAUGGACUGAUCCACCUCAUUGAUAAGGUUUUGGUUCCUGAGAAGAAGCUGAGCGAAGGUCUGCUGGCGACUCUCUCUCUGAGAGCAGAGUUCUCUUUGUUCCGAUCGUAUCUCAUCGAUUACAAUCUGACGGACGAGAUCGAGCAAGCGGACGAGUUCACCAUCUUCGCUCCGACAGACGCCGCCGUCACCGAUUACCUCCACAAAAUGUCUGCCACGUCUCUGGAUGUGAACACGACUCGGUACCACGUGGUGGUUUCAGAGCGUCUGCUGAAGACCGACCUUCAGCCUGGAGGAUUCAAACAGACGCUGCUCGGCUUCUCCUUCCAGCUCGGCAUCUUCCCCCGAGACGGAAAGCUGUUUGUGAACGAGGCUCAGAUAAACUCCUCCAACAUUCUGAGUGGAAAAGGAGUUAUUCACGGCCUGUCAGCUGUUCUCCAGAUCAACAGGAACCGCUGUGACCACGCCACGUACCACAAAGUCAUGGUACAAAUACAC